ACUCUAAGGUAAGGCCUUUACAUGCUGCAUAUAGACCGCUAUGUGGAAUUCCACUCUCAGCACGGCCAUUACUACAAGACCCGCAUCCCGAAGUUUGGCCGAGAUUUUUCCUACCACUACCCUUCCUCUGAUCUCUACUUUGUGGGAGCCAGCUCAGAGGUCUUCAGACUGAAUCUUGAACAAGGCAGAUUCCUCAACUCCUUACAGACAGAUGCAGCAGAAAUCAACGUGUGUGACAUCAAUCCUGUUCAUCAGUUAUUUGCUGCGGGAACUUUAGAGAUCAGAGUGGACUGCUGGGACCCUCGUGUCCGGAGUCGAGUGGCUGUUUUGGACUGUGCUCUCAGCAGCAUCACUGACGGAACUGAGGUGGAAGGUCUGCCGUCUGUCAGCGCGCUGAAGUUUAAUGGCUCUCUGGGCAUGGCGGUGGGCACCAGCACUGGACAGGUUCUCGUCUAUGAUCUUCGUUCUUCACGUCCUCUGCUGGUUAAAGAUCAUUACUAUGGGCUGCCCAUCAAAUCCCUUCACUUCCACAACCCGCUGGACCUGGUGCUCUCCGCCGACUCCAAAAUCAUCAAGAUGUGGAAUAAAGACAAUGGAAAAGUAUUUUCCUCCAUCGAACCGCAGGCCAACAUCAAUGAUGUGUGUCUCUACCCCGGCUCCGGUAUGCUCUUCACUGCCAAUGAAGAUCCCAAAAUGAACACCUUUUACAUCCCUGCUCUUGGUCCGGCUCCACGCUGGUGCUCCUUCCUGGAUAACCUGACAGAGGAGCUCGAGGAGAACCCAGAGAGCACCAUCUAUGACGACUACAAGUUUGUCACCCACAAGGACCUGGAGAACCUGGGUCUGACGCAUCUGAUUGGCUCGCCUCUGCUCAGGGCCUACAUGCACGGCUUCUUCAUGGACAUCAGGCUCUACCACAAGGUGAAGACCAUGGCGAACCCGUUUGCCUAUGAAGAGUACCGUAAGGACAGAAUCCGGCAGAAGAUCGAGGAGUCGAGAGCUCAGAGAGUGCAGCUCAAGAAGCUGCCCAAGGUCAACAUGGAUCUGGCCAUGAAACUCAUGGAGGAAAGUGAGCUUUCAACCAAGAAGAAGAAGAAAAAGGGCAAUGCCGUAGCCAAUCUCCUGACGGAUGACCGCUUCAAGGUGAUGUUCGAGAACCCUGAUUACCAGGUGGAUGUGCGAAGCGAGGAGUUCCGGCUGCUCAACCCCAUCGUGUCUAAAGUGGGUGAAAAGAGGAGGCAGAAACUCAGCCAGAUUGUUCAGCAAGAGGAACAGGAUUCUUGCUUGGGAGACGUGCACACUGGCCCUGGCCUUGAGGCUUAUCUGAAAGGAUUCAACUUCACUGGUGAACCUCCUUGGCUGUCCGACAUCUGUUAG